ACUCAACUCAUCGCGUAUCAGUUACUGUGCUGUCUGUCUGACUGACUGACUCUGAGUAGGGGUAACAAAGAAGAAGAGAAAAAGUGACAAAGGCCUUAGCUUAGCUUAGCUUGGGCCUUCCCCCAAAAAGAGAAAAAUGUUGUCCAUUCGAUCCCUUUCUACUACCAAGUUGGUGGUGAGAAGCUGUAGUUACUACUAUUCUUCUUCCACUGCAUCGGCUGCGGCUGUUGAAGCUGAGAGAACUAUCCGGGAAGGCCCUAGGAACGUCUGGACUCGCCAACAGAUCGACUCCAUCUACCAUUCUCCCCUUCUUGAUCUCCUUUUCCAUGGAGCUCAAGUUCACAGAUAUGCUCAUAACUUCAGAGAGGUGCAGCAGUGUACUCUCCUCUCAAUCAAGACUGGUGGAUGUAGCGAGGAUUGUUCCUAUUGCCCUCAAUCCUCUAGGUACCAUACUGGCCUAAAGCCCCACAAGCUCAUGACCAAGGAUGCCGUUAUGCAGGCAGCUAAACAGGCUAAAGAGGCUGGUAGUACACGCUUUUGCAUGGGUGCAGCAUGGAGAGACACAGUCGGAAGGAAAACUAACUUCAACCAAAUUCUUGAAUAUGUAAAAGAAAUUAGGGAUAUGGGGAUGGAGGUGUGUUGCACUUUGGGCAUGCUGGAGAAGCAGCAAGCACUUGAACUUAAGAAGGCAGGUCUUACAGCUUACAACCAUAAUCUCGAUACUUCAAAAGAAUAUUAUCCCAACAUUAUUACAACAAGAACCUAUGAUGAGCGGUUGGAAACCCUUCAACAUGUCCGUGAAGCAGGAAUUAAUGUCUGUUCAGGGGGCAUUAUAGGGCUUGGAGAAGCAGUAGAGGACCGGGUUGGUUUAUUGCACACAUUGGCUACACUCCCCACUCACCCAGAGAGUGUUCCCAUUAAUGCCUUGGUUGCGGUGAAAGGCACACCUCUUCAAGAUCAAAAGCCAGUGGAAAUAUGGGAGAUGAUUCGGAUGAUUGCCACUGCUCGAAUAGUGAUGCCGAAAUCAAUGGUCAGGUUGUCAGCUGGCAGAGUUCGGUUCUCUAUGCCAGAGCAGGCAUUAUGUUUUCUUGCUGGUGCAAAUUCUAUCUUCACUGGUGAGAAGCUAUUGACAACUCCUAACAAUGAUUAUGAUGCUGAUCAAGUCAUGUUCAAAAUCCUUGGACUGAUUCCAAAAGCUCCCAGUUUUACUGAGGAAGAAGCAGAAAAUUGUGAUGAAGCUGUUUCAACUUCAGGUUGAUUUAAAGCAGUGCCUUCUUGAUGUAGUUGUAGUAUUGUGGUCAGUGACCUUUUUCGUUGUUAUGUUUGUUAGUUAUUAUCUGUAAGGAAUUGCCUGCGCAAUAAUAAAUGGCAACGAGCUCUUUUGUUGCCCGGGGUAGUGUCGAAGGCUUAGUCUAAUGCAGUGAAAGACUUGUGACAUAUAUUUAUUUGAUAAUUAAAAAAAGAAGAUUAGAGUUAACGUCUUAAAA